CGUACCAAGUGCGCAUGCGUGCCGGCCGCUAUUAAAAAAUGAAUUCCUGGUUCCCGCACUGUGAGCUGUACGUUCAUCGGCGCCGCCACGUUCGCGUCGCUAUUUUUGCGCGGUGAGACCGGGACCGCGCCCGAGCCGAGCGACGAGCGGCUCGAGGGGUAGCCAGCGGAGUAGCGCAGCGGCGGCGGGUGUGGUCGCGAGUGCGGUGCGGUGCAGUGCGGUGCAGUGCAGUGGCAGUGCGAGCGUGCCGGGCACGUGCGUCGGGCAGCGGCGGGCAGCGGCGGCCGGGCGAUGCGGUCGGCGCGCUGCUAGCACCCGCGACAUGGCGCGCCGCGCUGCCAGCGCCCGCGCCCGCGCCCGCGCCACCACACACGCACCAUGAGCGACCUGCAGGCCACAUUCGAGUUCUCCGUGGAACUCUACAAGUUCUACAAUGUCGACCUCUUCCAGAGAGGGCUUUACCAAAUUCGCGUGGGUCUCCGCGUGUCACCCAAGGUGCCGGUUCACAUCGAGGCGUCAGUGUCCAGCAGUAAUGGGGCAGCGAGAACCGGCCGGCCCGCCGCCAAUGCCUCGCUCAUCGGUGGCCUUGCGGCUUCCAGGGCCUUCCAGAUAAUGUACAGGAACGAGGAGGUCACGCUAAGAGACAUCGUACAUUUUAGAGCUCAUUUGCUAGUUGACAGUCGAAACUUGAAAGAAUCGUUAGAGCGAGCAGAAUGGAGUCUUGGGGUGGAGUUGUGGUGCAGCGAGGGCGCGCAGUCGAGCACCCUGGCACCUGUCUCCUGCCGAGUGCUGAAGCUGCACUUCCAACCAUCCCAGGGUCUGCAUUACCACCUGCCCGUGCUCUUCGAUUACUUCCACCUGUCGGCUGUCUCCAUAACAAUACAUGCCAGUCUAGUUGCUUUGCAUCAACCGUACAUCAAGUAA